UCCGAAAAAAACGCCAGUACUGACUGUUUACCGAAAGACAAUGAUAGUAAUACAAUGCGGCUCUUCUUUCGAAAAAUCCUAUGAAUGUGGCGCUGCACCUUGGGGAUGUCGCUUAUAAUUUCGGUUUUGUUCAUCGACAAUGCGUCGUAAAAUGAGAAAGCCGUCAUUUCCGGUGGUGGUGUGCUGUGUGACGUUGGCGAUAUGCGCAACCAUCUGGUCAACAUAUUUUCUGCGUUCUGUUUACAGACGAAACGUCGUUAAACAGAUGAUGAAAUUUGCCUGGGGCAAUUAUGUGCGGUAUGCAUGGGGCGCAAACGAACUGCGACCAAUAUCGAGAAAUGGAUCUGCUGGACCGGCUCCCGUCGGGGGCAAAUCAAUGGGGCUGACAAUUGUUGAUUCCCUGAGUACCUUAUUUCUGAUGGGGUUUACCGAAGAGUUCGAUGCUGCUACCGAGUGGGUCACGAAACACUACGACAUUCGCAAUGCGGAGACAUUUUCCGUUUUCGAAAUGAAUAUUCGGUUCCUGGGCGGCUUACUUUCAGCUCAUGCUUUGAGCGGAUACGGUAAACCUGAGUAUUUUGCCCGGCUGGAACCGAAUGGGGGAUUAGUUCCGAAUAUGGAACAUUCGGCCUGCUUUAUCGGCGGACUCUAUGCGCUCGCUGUACUCCCUACACAAAUUCAGACUCCGGUUGAUGUUCCGCGGCUCCUUAGCUUUGCUAAAAAUUUUACCCGAACGUGUCACUUAUCAUACAGUCUCACUAGUACCGGACUUGGUCCGGAAUCGUUCAGGAUGGACAGUGCUGACGGUUAUCCGGCAGCAAUCGUGUCAGGGAAUCAGCAGUACUCGCUCCGUCCGGAAGUGACUGAAAGCUACUUUUAUCUGUGGAAAUUCACCGGAAACUCGAUGUAUCGGGAAUGGGCAUGGGAAGCCGUGCAGGCUAUACAGAAGUACUGCAAAACGCCUUACGGAUACAGCGGUGUCAGCGAUGUGAACAACGAACACUCAGCGCCAGAGGAUAUUCAACAAAGCUACUUCCUGGCUAAAACUCUUAAGUUCCUGUACCUGAUAUUCUCGUACGAUGACCUUUUGCCUCUCAGUUCUUGGGUGUUCAAUGCCGGGGGACAUCCUUUACCGGCACUCGAUUCCUAUGCUUUCCAGAGGGCUGUAUCUUCUUAUCGCAGCGAAAAUGAGACAUCCCGUGGAAUUUUUAGGUGGUUCGCACGAGCCCUCAGUGCUUUAUUUUAGUUUCCUUUCCUUGUGGGUCUGCUUUCCUUUCUGAUUGAAGUUAACCAUCAUGUAUGCGUUGGUUUCUCAGAGAUCUUUAAAUCCCAGUUCUUUAGAUGGGGAAAAGUUGAUUUUUGGAAAAGACUGCUUAAUUUAUAAGGAUUCUAACGAUACCUAGCACAGGCUGAUCAGAGAAUCAAGAGU